GAGUGUGUGUGUGUGUGUGUGUGUGUGUGUGUGAGCAUCUCUUCUCUCGCAUCAACAUCACGGGGUUUAAUCGCUCUUUCUCCAUCACGUAGGAGGCGUCUGUCAAACCUGUGGAGCGUCUGUCUGUUAGGAACCACACACACACACACACACAGACACACACACACACACACGAGAUCGUGUUUGAGAGUACAGUUGUAGUUCGGAGAGAAUAAACCGGUUUCACUGCCCUUUGGGGGAAUCUCCGCUGUCAUCCCGGAAGACUCACCACAUUCGGUUUAAAGGAAGUUGAAGCGAACAGCUGCGUGCUAAUUUGGGAGCCGAUCGAGCAGCCAUGGACGUGUUCAAGAAGGGGUUCUCCAAAGCCAGGGAUGGGGUCGUGUUGGUGGCGGAGAAAACCAAGCAGGGAGUGAGUGGAGCAGCUGAGAUGACGAAAGAUGGGGUCAUGUUUGUCGGUACCAAGACAAAGGAUGGAGUCACAACAGCCGUGUCUGGAGUGUCACAGGUGGGUGGAGCCAUGGUCACCGGGGUGACUGCCGUGGCCCACAAAACGGUGGAGGGAGCCGGCAACAUUGUCGUUGCCACUGGAUUGGUCAAGAAGGAUCCGGGCAAACAAAGUGAUGACGCCUCAGCAGCACAGGACAUGGCAGAGUCACCGGUUGAUACGGACCCGACUGAGGCUACGGAGGACGACACCGACGACAACUGAUUGAGAGCUUCACAAUCGGAGACCAAUGAUCAACGACCGAAACAUUCCAUGUCGCUCUGCCAAGUCCCGCUGUGCCUCGUUUUUUGGUGCUUUAUGGAGUCUGUGCCCAACAUCUGUGUGUGUGUGUGUGUGUUGUUGCAUACGUCUGUACAGCAGUGUGUGGGUAAAUGUACAGAAUGAGAGAUGUUGUGUGAGUAUGUGUGUGUGCCUUUAACACAUCAGUCCUUAAAGUGACCGGCUGUGAUUAGUGAGUAAACGUCUGUGUGUGUGUGUGUGUGGGUCUAUAUGUGUGUUGUCUUCACUUGUGUGGCUAUGUCAUUUGCUCAAACAUUGAAAUACACCACUUCAAGCACCUAAGUGUCUCUAUAUUAAUGAUGAAUUUACAGUGAUCUGUUUGAAAUGGAAGUGUAAUGAUAUUCUAUUUUUGUCUGUGUACUGUCACUGUAUUUCGCGGUGGACUAAAAAAAAGUGCUGAACUAUUUGUGCAUUCAUAUUGUAUUUUUUUAAUUUAUCACCGCUGUGACAAAUAUCUCAUACUGAAUGGACUUUUGGAAAUCAAGAGCAUGUAUAACUACUCGGCUUAACCUCUGCAAAAAUUAAUUUAUUUGGAGUUGUGUUGAAUAAAACUAAGUAAGAAAAG